CGAUGCUGCUUCUUCCAUGACCGUUUGGCUAACCACACCGAGGACUCCGAACCGCCUAGCCCCCUUCCCUUCCCUUCCCUUUCCCCUCCUCCGUGUUGCGCCGCCGCCGCCGCCCCUCCGUCAGCACGUAUCCCGUUGUGCGUCUGCGUCAUGGAGUCUCGCCAACGCAGUCCAACCCCGCUUUUGAAGACGUGUCGUACAUGCGCCCACGCCAAAAUCAAGUGCGAUCGUUCCCAGGACUCCAACGUCUGCGAUAGAUGCCUCCGGCUGGGCAAAGAUUGCACGUCCAACAAGUUGCAGGUUCCGGAGAGGCCGGCCCAACCCGCCCAACCUGUGACCGAAAGUCCUUCCGCCUCUGAAAGCCUUACGCCCGAUCAAACCCGGACUCCUCCGCAGCUUGCUGCCUCGUCUGGCAGUUCAUCCACUCAACAUCCCCGAGCCGGUGAUGCCGGUCCAGCCGGUCGUAGCCUUGGCACCGGCGUUCAUGACCCAUUCGAGGCCGGCCAGCUUUCUCUCGACAAAGGCCAGGAGCUUCUUGAGAGGUUUCGUACCAAGUUGACACCUCAUUUUCCAUUCAUCAUCAUCCCAGCAUCAGAAAAUGUGAGCUCUUUGAGGCAGUCAAGGCCAGCCUUGCUGCUCGGCCUUCUCGCUGUUUCGUCAUACGAUGAUGUCCGCCUGCAGCGAGCACUGGGUCAGAUGUUUAACGACCUCAUCGCGGUCCGCUUGGUGAAGGGUGAUUUUGCCUGCCUUGACGUACUCCAGGGCCUCCUCGUCCAUCUCGCCUGGGCCCACUUCCAACCAAGGCCGAAGAGAUACUCACAGCAUCUUCAUCUAGCUACGAGCAUAGUGUCUGAUCUGCGUUUCGAUAGGCCAAAGAACCCGAAACGUUGGAACGUUGAGGGCAUGAGCACUUCACAAGACUAUGUCGACUCUUUAGAUGAACGUAGGACGUUUCUUGGGACGUAUUAUCUCUCAUCUUGCACGAGUAUCGUGCUUCAGAAGCUUCGCAUAGUUACUCUGUCGAGUUACAUCACCGAAACUGCUGAGAAGCUAGCGGAGAUCUCUGAAUACCCCACUGAUCAGUACCUUCCGUACAUCAUCAGCCUACAGCGGUUAGCCGAAGACAUUGAUGACAUUGUGAAGAACGAGUCGACAUUAGAUCCUAUGCAGAUUCAAGCUGCGGUAUCAGAAGCUAAGGAAAGGGUCGACUUGUUUAAGAGCGGGCUGACCUUCGCUCUCGGCGAUUGUCCAAUCUUGGUGCCCCAAUUACACACAAUCCAGCUCUGCCUGAACCAGCUGUCUCUACCAGAGACACCGUUUGGUCUCAACAACCCGCAAAACGCCCCAAUGCAGCGGUUCAUCGCAGGUUUAUCCGAGAGCAUAGUAUCGGCCAAAUCGCUCGUUAGCGUCCUCCUCCAUACACCUCAUGGACAAGAGGUCUACUUCCCAAACAUAGUCUGGGUAAUGCUGCAUUGUGGCUUCACUCUAGCCGCACGGCUGGAUCUGCUAGCUGCGGAUCCCCGGGUAGGGUUCAUGGCGGAGCACUUGAGGCAGUUUGCAGACAUUGCACACACCAUUCGCCAGGUCGUGCUCAGGCUCGACGCUGCAAGCUCACCAGACCUUGAUGACAGAGGCGACCGCGACAGUUUCUACCACUUUGCGAUUCGUGCAAAACGGGUCGAGAAGUUUUACCUCCAUGCUCAGAGUCAGGCUGCUGCUCAGCAACAAGCACAAGCCCAGCAGCAAGAAAUUUCGCCUCAUAGUAUCCAUGCCAGCCUGCCAACGUCUACUGCAGGGUUUACGACCAUGGGAACACCAAGCUCGGAUUUUUCGAAUCAAAACGCAAGCCUAGAUUACACAGUCGCGUCUUCCAUAUUCUCGCAGAACAUGGUGCCGUCGGCGGGAAAUGUCGCGUACCCGGACUUUUCUAUGGCCAACACCGCCACACUAGUCUCGAACCCCGAUUUCGUCAUGGAUACCCUCUCUUUCUUACCAGAUUCUUUCAUUCCUUUCAGAGGCUGGGGCAAUGGUAUGGGCAACGAACACAGUGGCGGAGCGCAGUUUUAG